AUGUAUAAAUUUAAAUUUAAUUUAUUUAAAGCUAUUAGGGCAUUGGAAACAGAGAUAGAGUCAUCAUCAGCAUCAUCAAAUGAAGACUUUAAAAAUUUAGAAGGUAUAUUUAAAAAAAAUGAGAACGAAUAUACAUCACAAGACAAAUUAUUUAUUUUAAAUGAAAUCUCGACCAUUUUAAUGGGAAAACCACAACACACAUUAUUAUUAUCAAGUAUUUUCAGACCAUUAUUAGUCGAUUUGGUUUCAAGAUAUAUCCACUCUAGUAAAAGUAGAGCAGCAAGCCCAAAACAUCAAUCAAGUAAAAAUAAAAAACAACAAUUAACAUCAAGCGCAAUCAAUAUUCCCGAAAUUGAGAAUAUAACUUUUAUUUUUUCACAAUUAUUACCAACAACACCACAAUUACAAAGUUUAAUAAUUGAAUUUUAUGAAAAAUCAAACAAUAUAAAUCAAAUUAAUAAUAAUAGUAAUGGUUCAAUUUUAUUUGAAUCAAUUUUAAAUUGUAAAAAUAUAUCAGAAGAGAACGAAGAAAGAUGGUUAACAUUGGUACAAAGUUGUUAUAGAUUACUCACAUUUAAUAGAAAGAUUUUUUCAACUUUAUUUAACUGGUCACCAUUAUAUUCGCUAUUGGAGAUCAAGAGCCAACGUAUAACAUGGUAUGUUAUAAAAUGUAUGUCAAUGGUUUUAAAUGUUCCAGACAAUCAACUCGAAUCCAUCAAGCCAUUAUAUAAGCAAUAUCACCAUCAAAUUAUUCAAAUCGAAAACGAAAUUUUAAAUUUAGAAUCAUCAAGACUAUUUUUAAAUCAAAAUUAUAAUACAGUUUAUGAAAAUAACGAAGAUGUUAUUGAAAUUGACCAAGAAAAAGUCAAUCGUAAUAUUUUUAUCGAAAAAGAAGACUUACAUCAUACAAUCAUCGAUGUUUGUGGUAUUUUAUUAUUCAAAAAAUUCGAACAACCACAUCAAAAGCAUCAUAACAAAUUAAUUGAACAAAAAUUAGUUUAUACAAAUACAGUUUCACAAAAUUUAAAUUCUUUGGCAAUUGCGGUCGGCUUAGGUAAACCAAUUUUAAUAGAGGGUGUUACCGGUUCAGGUAAAACAACAAUGGUUGAAGAAUUAUCAAGAGUAACAGGCAAUGACAAUAUUAUCAGAAUUCAUUUGGGUGAUCAAACUGAUUCAAAGGUUUUAUUAGGUACUUAUAUCACAUCUGAUACUCCAGGUGAGUUCAAAUGGCAAGCUGGUGCAUUAACACAAGCUGUUAGCGAAGGUAGAUGGAUUCUUAUUGAGGAUAUUGAUUUGGCACCUGUUGAAGUUUUAUCAGUUUUAAUCCCACUUUUAGAAAAUCGUACUCUUUUUAUUCCAGGUCGUGGUGAAGUCAUUGAAGCUUCAAAUGGUUUCCAAUUAUUUGCAACACAAACUUUAUUUGGUACUCAUUCUCGUGAUCAAAAUGCAAAUAUUCUCAGUCAUCUUUGGACUAGAGUUGUUAUUGAAGCACUUUCACCAAGCGAAAUGAAACAGGUUCUUUCAACUUUAUUCCCACAAUUAGUUGCUUUAGUACCAAAGUUUAUUGAAACUUUUAAUUUGCUCUUAAGAGUUAUUUCAAACCAAUCAAUUGCAGUAUCACCAUCAGACGAAGCCUCAGGUGCUAUUACAACAGGUUCAGCAGCUAAUAGUGACAAGUUUAUAAUACCAUCAAGUAGAUUUAUUUCAAGUCGUGAUUUAAUUAAAUGGAUAAAGCGUUGUAAUGAAAGAUUAUCAUUUACUGGUUUGUCACACCAAAUGGUCACAUCAACAAUGCAAGAAAUCGUUUUUGUUGAAGCUCUUGACUGUUUUUGUUCGAUGAUCUCUAAAAAGAAUCUUAGAAAAACUUUAACUGAAGUAAUUGGUAGAGUUUGGGAGUUAACCGCCGAUCGUAUCAAUUACUAUGUAGAAUUAUAUAAACCAUCCAUUCAAAUCACCGAAAAAAUUAUGACUACAGGUCGUGCAUCCCUCGAAUGCAGUAAGAAAUCAGAAGCCAUUCAAAUUCAAUCUAAAAAACAUACACGUUUCGCUACUGAAUCGGAUCAGGCCGAAUCUGGUGUCACUAAACAUGGUGUAUUUGCCCACACUAUGAAUUCACUUCGUCUUAUGGAAAAAAUUUCAAUUUCAAUUCAAUUUAAUGAACCAAUUUUAUUAGUUGGUGAAACUGGUACUGGUAAGACAUCCGUUGUUCAAUAUGUUGCCGAUCAACUUAAUCAAAAGUUAGUUGUACUUAAUCUCAAUCAACAAUCUGAUAGUUCAGAUUUAAUUGGUGGUUUCAAACCAGUAGAAAUGCGUAUUUUAUGUUUACCAUUAAAGAACAGAUUCGAUGCAUUAUUCAAAAAGACAUUUUCUGAAGGUAACAACUCUGAUUUCCUCGAUAAAAUUCACCAAUCAUUCCUUUCAAAGAACUGGAAGAACUUUAUUACACUUUUAAAUAAAGCAAUGAAAUUAGUCGAAAAUAAAGUAUUAAAAGAAGAUACCACCGAAGGUACUGGUAAAAAACGUCAACUUCGUUCAGAAUUUAAAGAUAAAUGGGUUAAAUUAGCAGCAGAUAUCAAAAAGUUAUCAAUUCAAUUCGAAAAGUCAAAGAACAAUUUCGCUUUUAGUUUUGUUGAAGGUUCAUUAAUCAAUUGCAUCCGUAAAGGUUAUUGGGUACUCUUAGAUGAAAUGAAUUUAGCAACCAGUGAAACUUUAGAAAGUUUAAGUGGUCUUUUUGAAGGUGGAUCUUUAACACUCACAGAGAAAGGUGAUGUCGAACCAGUUGAAAGACAUCCAAAUUUCAAAGUAUUUGCUUGUAUGAAUCCACCAACUGAUAUUGGUAAAAAGGAUUUACCACCAGGUAUUCGUAAUCGUUUCACUGAAUACUAUGUAGAUGAUUUAGAUAACAAGGCCGAUCUUUGUUUGGUUGUCAAAACUGUUCUUCAAAAUGUUGUACCACAUCCACCAAUCGAAGAUAUUGUCGAAUUUUAUUUAAAAACAAAACAAGAGUCUCAAAAUAAAAUGUUGGAUGGUUCAAAUCAAAAGCCACACUUCAGUUUACGUACUUUAUCAAGAGCAUUAAAUUAUACAAAACAUGUCACUAAAUCUUUUGGUUUCCAAAGAGCUCUUUUCGAAGGUAUUAGUAUGUCUUUCUUGACUCAAUUAAAUAGACAAUCUUAUCCAAUGAUGGAACAAUUAAUUAAACAAUAUAUUAAAAAAGGUGAUAAUAAACUUUAUAGCCAACCAUUAAAUAAACCAUCAAAUACUGAAAUAGAAAAAUAUGUACAAAUCGAACAGUUUUGGAUCGAAUGUGGUGAUGAAAAACCAAUCGUACCACCACAUUAUAUUUUAACACCAUCAAUUAAAGCUAAUCUUUCAAAUUUAUCUAGAGUUUUAGUUUCUCGUAAACAUCCAAUUCUUUUACAAGGUCCAACUUCUAGUGGUAAAACUUCAAUGGUUGAAUUUUUAGCUCAAAGAACUGGUCAUAGAUUUAUUCGUAUUAAUAAUCAUGAACACACUGAUUUACAAGAAUAUCUUGGUCAAUAUAUUUCAGAUGAUAAAGGAAAAUUGGUUUUCCAAGAGGGUAUUUUAGUUGAAGCUGUACGUAAGGGUUAUUGGGUAGUAUUGGAUGAACUUAAUUUAGCUCCAUCUGAAGUUUUAGAAGCUUUAAAUCGUUUACUCGAUGAUAAUAGAGAGCUCUUUAUUCCAGAAACUCAAGAGGUCGUCAAACCACAUCCACACUUCAUGUUAUUUGCUACUCAAAAUCCACCAGGUCUUUAUGGUGGUAGAAAGGUUUUAUCCCGUGCCUUUAGAAAUCGUUUCCUUGAACUCCACGUCGAUGAUAUCCCAGAAAAUGAAUUGGAAGAAAUUUUAUGCAAGCGUUGUGCUCUUCCACCAAGUUAUUGUAAGAAAUUAGUUGCAAUUAUGAAAGAACUCCAAUUAAAUAGACAAGGUAGUACCCAAGUUUUCGCAGGUAAACAUGGUGCCAUCACAUUCAGAGAUCUUUUUAGAUGGGCUGAACGUAAACCAUCAUCAUACGAAGAGUUAGGUUAUGCUGGUUUUAUGUUAUUGGCUGAGCGUUUACGUAAAGAUGACGAAAAGGCAAUUAUAAAACAGGUUAUUGAAAAGCAUCUCAAGAUUAAAAUUGAUAUGGAAGAAAUUUAUGCAUGCGAUGAAACCCCAGAAUUUAAACAAAUUAUGGAUAUUUUAGCUAAUGACGAACAAGUUUGCAAGCAAAAUCAUUUAGAUAAAAUCGUAUGGACCAGAUCAAUGAAGCGUCUCUUUAGUUUAGUAGGUAAAUGUUUAGAACAUAAAGAACCAAUUUUAUUAGUUGGUGAAACUGGUUGCUCAAAGACCACUAUUUGUCAAAUUUAUUCAAUUCUCAAUAAACAAAAACUCCAUAUUUUAAAUUGUCAUCAACACACUGAAACUGCAGAUUUCAUUGGUGGUUUAAGACCAGUUCGUGGCCGUGAUCAAGUUUUAGGUAAACUUUUCUCACUUGUAAAGAAAUAUUUCAACGAUAUUGCUCAAUUAAAUCUUUAUCAAUUAGAUCUCUCAGAAUAUAAUGCUACCACUAUCGAUACAUUACCAAUUAAAGAUAUUAUGGAAAGUUUAUUUGUAACCUCAUGGAAAUCCAUUCAAUCAAACAAAUCCAUCACUGACGAACUUAGACAAUUUGUUACCGAAAUCGAUAAAACUUAUAGUACUUAUUGCUCAUUAUUUAAUUGGGUCGAUGGUCCAUUAGUCGAAGCUAUGAAAUCUGGUGACUACUUCCUUAUCGAUGAAAUUUCACUCGCUGAAGAUGCAGUAUUAGAAAGAUUAAAUUCAGUAUUAGAACCAAGCAGACUUUUAGUUUUAGCAGAAAAAGGUGGUGUAGAAAUUGAAGAGUUACGUGGUCAUCAAGAUUUUAGAAUAUUGGCAACUAUGAAUCCAGGUGGUGACUUUGGUAAAAAAGAGUUAUCUCCAGCCAUGAGAAAUCGUUUCACAGAAAUUUGGGUUCCAGCAAUUAGCUCACAUGCUGAUCUUUUACAAAUUAUUGAAGAACGUUUCACAGAUUCAAAAUUAAAAGGUAAAGGUACUUUAAUGUUAGAAUUUAUUGAACACCUCUUAACUGUUCAAAAGAAUAAAAGAGUUAUUUCCCUCAGAGAUAUUUUAUCAUGGAUCAACUUUAUGAACCUUUGUAUGAAGAAAGAGUUAUUAACUCCAAAUGAAUCCUAUAUUCAUGGUGCAUGUCUUGUUUUAUUGGAUGGUUUUGGUAUGGGUUCAAAUUCAUCAUCAGAAUCUGAAGGUUUAAAAUUACGUGAAGCAUGUUUAGUUCGUUUAAUCUCACAAAUUUCGAACGAUUCAAAUUCAAAUCAAGAUGAAACAUUAAAAUUCGAAAGAGAGCUUUUAAAUAAAGGCAAUGGUUCAGAAACAAUUCAAAUUAUCAGAGACGAAAAGAGAUUUGGUAUUCAUCCAUUUUAUAUUCCAGUCAAUGAAUCAAAUGUUCCAAAAAUACAAUUUAGUUUAUCAGCACCAACUACAUCAAAAAAUGCACAACGUGUACUUCGUGGUAUGCAAUUACCACGUGCCAUCUUAAUUGAAGGUUCACCAGGUGUUGGUAAAACCUCUUUAAUUACUGCUAUUGCAAAUGCAACUGGUAACACUAUUGUUCGUAUCAAUCUUUCAGAACAAACCGAUAUUAUGGAUUUAUUAGGUUCAGAUCUUCCAGUUGAAGGUGGUACAGGUGGUCAAUUUGAAUGGAGAGAUGGUGUUUUCCUUGAAGCACUUCGUAAAGGUUACUGGGUACUUUUAGAUGAACUCAAUCUUGCCUCACAAACUGUACUUGAAGGUUUAAAUUCAUGUUUAGAUCAUCGUUCAGAAGUUUACAUCCCAGAAUUGGGUAAGACUUUCCAAUGCCAUCCAAGCUUUAGAGUAUUCGCAUGUCAAAAUCCACUCCAUCAAGGUGGUGGUCGUAAAGGUUUACCAAAAUCAUUCCUCAAUCGUUUCACACAAGUUUUCAUUGAUCAAUUAGAUAAGAACGAUCUUUUAUUCAUCAGUACUGCAAUGUACCCAUUAAUUCCAGCCGAAACUAUUAAAAAUAUGAUCGAUUUCAAUCACUUAAUGUUCAAAGAGUCAAUGAUUGAACAUAAAUUCGGUAGAAAAGGUGCUCCAUGGGAAUUUAAUUUAAGAGAUACUUUCAGAUGGUGUGACUUAAUCGUUAAAGAUAAAUCAUCAGUUUCAAACCCAGGUAGAUUCAUCGAUUUAAUUUAUCUCCAAAGAAUGAGAACUCAAGAAGAUCGUUUACACGUCAUCGAGCUUUAUAAACAAGUAUUUGGCAACAACGAUUGUACCUACGAUCAAACUUAUAAAUAUCCACAUUAUACUAUCACCCCAGAAUAUUUACAAAUUGGUUCAUCUUUAUUACCAAGAAAUCAAGAGCACUCUGCUUCAACUAAUAGUGACUCAAGUGCUAUUAUCAAUAGUGGUUCAAAUAUUCAAUUACUCCAUCGUUUAUUAAAUCCAUUAGAAAACAUUAUGAAAUGUAUUGAAAUGAAUUGGAUGAGCAUUUUAAUUGGUCCAACUUCAACAAGUAAGACAUCAUCCAUUCGUUUAUUAGCUCAACUCACUGGAAACACUCUAUACGAGUUUUCUAUGAACAGUUCAGUUGAUACUACCGAAAUUCUUGGUGGUUUUGAGCAAAUUGAUAUGGUCCGUUAUCAAAAGAAAAUCAUUUCAUCAACAUCAGCUCUUAUAACUAAGGUUUCAAGUCAUAUUAUGACCUACUUUAACCACGAAAAUGCAUCUGAACUUUUACCACUUUGCAUUGCAUCAAUUCAAGAUAUCUAUCAAGUCUGGAAUAUUUUUGUCACUCGUUCCAAGCAACACCAACAACAAGAACAUUCUCUUGGCUCUAACAAUAACAAUGCUUUAGUUGAUACAGAAUUAUUAGAGUUAUUAAAUCAAAUUAUUGUUGCAUUAGAAAAGGUAUCACUUCAAUUUAACAUGGACUCAAUCGAACAUUUAUCAAGUAUCCAAGAUAUUAAAUCACAACUUGAACGUCUCAAGACAAUUGAAAAAGAAUCAGUUACUGGUUGUUUUGAAUGGAUUGAUGGUCUCUUAAUUAAAGCACUUGAAACUGGUGCAUGGAUUUUAAUCGAUAAUGUCAAUUUUUGUAACCCAACUGUUUUGGAUCGUCUUAAUCCAUUAUUAGAACAAGAUGGUGUUUUAAUGCUCAACGAAAGAGGUAUGGUUGAUGGUCAAGUUAAGGUUAUUAAGCCACAUAAAAAUUUCCGUAUCUUUUUAACUAUGGAUGACCGUAAAGGUGAAAUCUCUCGUGCUAUGCGUAAUAGAGGUAUUGAAAUUUAUAUGCCAGAACCACAUAUUGUCAACUUUGAUAAUCAAACUCUCUUAACCUCCCUUGGUAUUCCAAUCGCAUCAUUAACCCGUCAAAUGAUUGAAUUCCACAAUCAAAUUUUCACUCAUUUCUCCUCAACCAUUGAAAACCCAGUUACUCUUUCCCAACUUUUAUAUUGGGGCAAAUUAAUGUUAGAUCAACUUCAAAGAGGUUUCCCAUUAGAAAGUUCAAUUCGUAAUUCAAUGGAACAAAUUUAUGUUCGUCCACGUAGACAUAUCGCUCAAAAACAAUUAAUUUCUACAAUCUAUAACACUGUUUUCUCAUCAUCUGUAAUUCAAGAAAUCUUAAAAUCAGAUUUAACCGUUUUGGGUAUUUAUCCAAAAUUCAUUAAGGGAAUAGAUUAUGUUAAUGAUUCAACUACAACAUCAUUAACUAAGAAUUCAGAAUUUUUCGAAUUUUAUUUCAACAAAUUAAAACAAUUGGUUGCCAACUCAUCUGAUGACCAACAGGAAGAAAAAUUACAACAAAUCGAAAAUUACAAAGUUUCAGCCAAAUUCUUAAUUGAAAAUUUAAAUUCAUCAAUGUUAGAAAAUUAUAUCUCUUAUUUAAAUAAUUUGAAGAAUAAGGAACAAAAAGAUGACCCAAGUAAUCAAAUUUUACUCUCAUUGGUCGCCUCCAUGAAGCAAUUAUUCGGCCAUAGUGUUUACAAAUCAUUUGAAGAAAAAUUAAAUCAAUUAUUAUCAUCAAUUAAUUUAUCAAUCGAUUCCAAACAAUUAUUGGUUUAUCAAGGUCACCAAUGGAAGAAUAAUGAUUCAUUAUUUAAAUUAAUUAAAGAAAAAGUAGAUAAUUACAAACCAUUGGUUCAAGAUGAUCAAAUGGACAUUGAUGACAAUAGUGCUAGUGGCUCAUUAAAAGAACUUUUCAAUUCAAUUUUAUUUGAAAUGGAAAUUAUCAAAUUAUUAUUAAACCUCUUUAUCCAAACUUCCAAACAGGAAAAAGAAUACACCAAAUUCCUUAAAUCUCAAGCAUCCAAUUUAACAUCAGUAAAAGUUAUUAAACAACAACCAGUCAUUUUGUUAUCAUUAGCAUACACAAAGAAGAUGUUAAGUAGAGAUCAUUUACCACACCAAGAUGUUGUUUCAGUAAUUUAUCGUUUAUUCAAAUCAUUAGAUGACCAAAUCGACCAAUGGUUAAAUGAAUCAUCUCAACAAGUAAGUGGUGGUAAUGAUGCUCUCAUUAAAGGCUUUAAUCAUCUCAUUGAAUUAAAGAAUAAUUUCUGGAAUAGUUUAUUCUCCUUACCAUCAAGCAAGUUUAAUUUAGGUGAAUUUAUUAUUAGAUGGAGAUGGAUACACAAAGAAAUUAAUUUAUUAACUAAAGCAUUCGAGUCUAUUAAAGUUAAUACUGGCCUUCAAGUUUUAAUUGAUAAAAUUGAAACAUCAUUCAAAUCAUUCCACGAUAAUUCAAACAACCGUUUAUGGAAGGUUAGUGGUUACCCAAUGGUUAUGAAAUCUGACCAUUUGGUUCAAUUAGAUGCUCAAUUCCUUUCACUUUUAGAUAAGGUUCAAUUCAACUUUAACAAGAAUGAAAAUCCACUCAAACAUAACAGUCACUAUAUUGACGAAGAAUGGAGAAAGACUUUAUUAGAAGCUAUUUCAACAUUAUAUUGGGCCAACUAUCAGUUAAAUUCAUCAGACGAAAAAGAAUUGGAGCGUGUUAACGAUUUUAUUAACAAUUUAGAUAAGGUUCCAUCCAGUCUUUCUGAUAAACUUUUAGAAUUAAUUAAUAAACAAAAAGAUCAACUCAAGUCAUUUAACCCAGUUGGUACUGAAAUUGAAAUGGAAAGUGAUAAAUCUAUGGAACAUUUUGACCCAUUAUCAAUUAAACAUCAAGUUGUAUCAAUUUCCCCAUUAAUUGAUCAUAAUCUUCACUUGAAAGAAACAUUUAUCAUUGCUCAAUUAUCUCAAUUAUUAUUACUUCAACACAUGGAUAUCGAAAGUGGUCAAAUGAAACCAACAAUAAUUCCAAUCUUAGAGUCCAUAAUUGAUGAAUUAAAAUAUAUUGUUAAAUCUUACAAAUCUUCAAAUUUAAUUCCAAGAUCAAUUUAUCAUUUAGCAUUCUAUCAAAAAUUAAUUUGGAUGAUUGAUAAUUAUUUAGAAAAAGUUAAUCAACAAGAACAAGAAGAGGAAGAAGAAGCUACCGAACCAUGUUCCAUUGGUAUUAUUGAAAUUCAAAGUGUAAUCCAUUCAAUUCUUUAUAUUUAUAAUCAAAGUCAAUGGAACAAUUCAUUUAAUGAUAUUUCAUGCGUAUCAAGAUCAUCAAUGCCACAGUACAAGUAUCAAUUAACAAAGAACGAAGCUGCCACCAUUAAAGAAUCAUCUAAUCAUCUUUACGAUUCAAUUAGAUUUGGUUAUGGUCCACCACGUCUCUUCCAAAAUAUUCAAUCAAUCUUUUCAUAUUAUCUUACCUGCGAUUGGGGUUACGUCAGUAUUGCUGAAAUUCCAACAAAAAUUGACCAAUUAAAUCAAAUUAUUCAACAUUUAACAAACUCAGAUGGUUCAAGUAGAGUUUCAAAUAUUGAAGCAUUCGAAUAUCAAAUUAAACAAUCAAUUGCUUUAAUUUUAUCAACUGUUUCAUCAUUCUACAAAUCGUUUGACAAACAAUUCAAGGAUCAAUUGCUUUCAAAUAUUAUUCAAUUAGGUGAUAUCUUGUUAUCAAAUAUCAGUGUAGAUAACAUUGAUUUAACUAUUAAUCAAUUAAUUGAUUCAAUUAAAUCAUUAAUUUCAAAUUCAACUGACCAAUCAUUCAAUACCAAAUCUAAGAAACUUUUAGUUCCAUGUUUCGAUUUGGUCAAAAAGAUAUUCUCAAACUCCACUGAAGAAACUUCAAAUACCGAAUUACAAUCAAUCUUUGGUCAAUUAACAUUGUUAUUAAACACCUUUAGAUUAAUAAUGUAUAUCCCAUCCAACUCAAUUGAUCCAACCCAAAAGUAUGGCGUUGUUUUACAACACUCAAAAGAAACUUCAAACCAUUUAGAAAACGAAAUUGAAAUUAGAAAACAAAUUGAAAAACUUCACACUGGUAGAGAUUCAAACUUAAUUAUCGAACAAUUAGUUGAAGAAAAGAAUCAAAUUGAUGAAAAGUUAACUUUACAAAUGAAGAAGAUUACUCUUCGUCCAAUUCCAUCACAAUUCGAAGAACUCUAUAGAGAUAUCAGUCAAUUCUCUGAUCAAUUUAGCAACAUUGAAAAGAUUUUGGAUUUAAUUAACAAAUUACAAUUAUCCAAUGUCCAAAAAUCACAAGAUGUAGAUAUGAACACUAAUGGUAAUGAAGAUGAUGAAUUAAACCAUCAAUCAAACAACAACUCAUCAUAUAAUCAAAUGGUAUUAAAUACAGAGACUAUGUGGCAAGACAAAGCUAAUCAUUUCAUUCAAUCAUGUGAAAAGAAAUAUUAUUCUAGAUAUCGUGAUAUCAUUGUUCCAAUUAUCACAUCAGUUUAUCAAAUGAAAUCUGGUUUAAGAUUGAUGUCUGUAUCUUUCAAACAAAAAGCUGACGAUUUUAAACUUGGUGGCAAUAAUCAAGAGGUAGUUAAACAAAUUCAAAAGGUUUUAUUAUCCUUGUCAAAUUUCCCAAGAAUCAAAGAAAUAAGUGAUAUUGAAGAAAUCAAACAAAACAAUUUCAACAAUGAUUUAUUAUUGAACAAAUUCACACUUGACUCAAUCAAAGAAAUGAUGAAACUCAAUCAAUUCACCAAUGAAGAUUCUUCAAAUGGAGGUACCCAAAACUUCAAAGUUAUUGGUCUUUUAUUACGUUCAUCACUUUGCCAAAUUUACAGCCAACUUUCAACUUCAAAUUAUUUAGAUGUUGCAAGUUUAGAAUCCAUUGAUAAUAUCUUUAGAACCUUUGUUUCAGAAUGGAAAUUCCAACAAGAAGAAAAGAGAAAGAAAGACGAAGCAGCAAAUCAAGAGUUUAAAUAUAAAGUCCAAUCACAUAAAAUGGAAACUAAAGAAGAAAAGGAUGAAAAAGUAUUCUUGUCAUCUUUCCCAAGCUUCUAUAAAGAAUUCCAAGAUUUAGAGGUUGCAAACGUAGUUGAAAACCAAGUUGAUGAUGAAACCCCUGCUGAAGAGCAAGCUACUGAAGAUGAAACAUCCGAUAUGUUUUUCAAGAGCUCAAUUAACAAUGAAGAAGUUUUACAAUUAUGUUCAAUUCACAGAGAUAUUUUCAAACACUUAGAUGGUAUCCCAAUUCCAAGAGAUCAACAACAAUGGAAAUUAAGUGAAAAAGAUCGUUCUGAACUCUUCCAACUCUUCUAUUCAUCAUCACAUUUACUCAUGAAGAUUUUAAAUCAACGUGCAGGCGAUAUGCAAUUCGAUGAACAAGCCUUAGGUUCACAUAUUUUAUCAGCAGCCAAUUUAAGAGAAUCUUUAUCAGUUCGUCCACCAACUUUAAUUGUUUAUAGUAAAUUAGACAACAAAUUUAAAUUUUUAAAUACCUCAUCAUAUCUCUACAAGAGAGAGCAAGGUGUCGAAGAUGCAAACGAUGUUAUUUUCCAAAAUAAGACUUACAAUAUCUAUAGAGAUCCAAAUGUAGCAGAAAUCAGUAACACUCGUGAACCAUUAUUAGCUUAUAGAGAAAGAAUUUUUGUUAUCUUAAAAGACUACCCAGACCAAGCCAAUCUUGUACUCAUGGUUAAAUUAAUUGAUCGUUUGUUAACCUAUCCAGCCACCGAUCCAUUAGCUAAAAUCUUAACUGGUUUAGAACUUUUAUUAAGAAAAUCAUUAGAAUGGGAAUCAUUCGCCAGUAAAGCAGUUUCAAUUCAAGAUCAUUUAAAUAUCAUUUCAUCAAUGAUUGUUCGUUGGAGAAAAUUAGAAAUUGAAUCAUGGCCAUCAAUUUUCCAAAGUCAAGAAAAAGAAGCUGAAGUUAAAGCAUUAAAAUCAUGGUUCAUUCUCUAUGAACUCAUCAAUGACGAACCUGAAGAAAAUCAUCAAGAAAACUUACAAAAGAACUUUAAAACACUUCAAGAAUAUCUUUAUUGUUCAAAUUUAGGUGAUUUCUUAACUCGUAUUGAAUUACUAAAAGCUUUCUAUAAACAAUUAAAUAGUACCGUUAAAUUAAUGAAUGGUGUUGAUCAAGUUAGAGUCCAAUACAAACAAUCAAUGUCUGAUAUAAUCUAUAAUGUUUACAAGUAUUACGAAAACUUUAUUCCAAGAUUUGAAGAUCGUUUAGCCAAAGAAAUCAAACCAAUUGAAGAAAAAGCUAUCGAAUUUAUCAAGUUAUCAAGAUGGGAAGAUAAUAGAUUAUUAACCCAAUAUGAAAGAUUAAAACAUCAUAUUGAAGUAUCCCACAGAAAUUUAGCUAAAAUUACAAUCAAAUACAAGAAUGUUUUAGCAUCACCAUUAUCUGAUCUUUUUACUCAAAUCGAAACGGACAUUGAUAUUCCAUCCAAAGUCUUAUAUCCAAAUCAACUCACAGUUGUCACCAAAAAAGGCUCAAAGAAACAACCACCACAACAAAACAACAAUAACAUUGAAAACUUUAAUGAUUGGUUCAAAUUAAAUUCAUUAAGCUAUUUAAUUUCAGAUAAAUCAAAACAAAUAGAAUCAAUUCAAAUUCAAGACAAUCAAUUAUUAAAUGGUUUAUUUGAAAUCGAUAAUCAACAACUAUACAAAAAUAAAUUGCCACAACUCUCAGAAAGAAUGAUUAAGAUUUGUAAACAAUCAUUAUUGGAAUCUUAUAGUUUCAAAGUUAUCAGAGAUGGUGUUGAAAUCAUUGAUGAUUUAGCUGGUACAAUUAUCGAAAGAAUUGGUGAAUUAGCAGGAGAUAAGAUUAAAAGACAAGAAAAAGAGUUAGCAUUAAAAGAAUUAUUAUCUAGAUUUGAAGAUAUGGGUCUUUCAUUCCAUUCAAAUAGCUAUUCACAUGAACAGUUACAAAUUGCUUAUCUCUUUAGCGUACCACACCUUCCUACCUCAAACGAUAAUACAAAUUAUUUACCAAAAUCCAAUACAUUAAUCACUAGAGAUUGUGGUAAUAAAUUAAUUGAACAAUCAGACUCAUACUUUUACCGUAUUGUUUCCAGAGUCCACAGACUUCGUCAAGUUUCAUUAGAAUACCAUUCCGAUGUUGCCAGUAAACAUGUCCAAAGAAUUAAUGGCUAUAUUGAAAACUUUUUAUCAAUUAUUUUAUCUCAAAGAAAACAAUUAAUAGAAUCAAUCGAAAAAUGGAGCAACUUAAUCUCAUUUACCAACUUGUUUUUAAAUCAAUUAAAUGUUUUAAGUACUGAUGAUAUUAAACAAGAAGAAUCAUCCACCAAAGUCCAAUCUAAUGAAAUUUUCAAUAACCAAAAAUCAUUAUCAAAUUGGUUUGAAAUUCAAAGAGAAUCAAUUAAUCAACUAAACCAAGGUAUUAACGAAGUUUUAUUACUCUGCAUAAAGACAUCUAAAGGUAUCCAAGGUGGCGGCUUUAUUUCAACCAUUAUUCCACCAAUUGUUUCAAUUCAACAAUUGAUUGAAUCCACAAAAUUAAGAAUCGACCAAUACCAUUCCAAAUUACGUAAUCUCUAUUCAAUAUUAGAUAAUCAAUAUCCAAUGAUGUCUUGGUCAUCUCUAUAUUUCAUUAAAUCUAUCUUUAAUCAAUUCAACGAAAUUAAAGAAAAAUUAUUAAAUUUAGAUUUAGAAAAUUUAAGUUAUAUUAAAUCACCAAUUUCAAUUUUAGUCAAUAAUAUUGAUGUGGUUUUAAAUAAAUUUAGUAAUGAUUAUGAUUUAUUAGCAUCAAAUCAAGUUUUAGAUAAUAAUCAAGACAAUGAAAAUAACAUUAAAGAAUUUAAUAAACAAUUUGAAAAUAUUGUCGAAAGUUUAUUAAUUUCAAUUCAAAACUUAAAGAAACAAUCAGAUACAGUCGUUGAACAACAAGAAAAAGAACAAGAAGAAGAACAAGACGAAGAUUUAGAAAAAGUUAGAGAAUAUAGAAUGGAAGAUGGAAGUAUCAGCAAAUUAAAUCAAUUCAUCAAUGGUCAAAUGAAAUCACUCCAACUUGGUAAUCUUUUAAAUCAAUUUAUUAAUCUUCAUAAAACUAUUGUUAAUGGAUCUGAAACAACCAGUAAAUCAACCCUCUCUAUUUAUAGACAAAUGUUAGAUCAAUUAAAACCAAUAUUAUCCCAAUUCAUGUUAAUUGUUAAUCAAAAUAUUGUCGACUUACUUUCAUAUCAUAAGACAUGUUGUAAAUUACAUUAUGUAGUUACUGGUGUUUUCGUUCAACUUUAUACUAAAGGUUUCUGUAAACCACAAGAAGAAGGUGAAACUGGUGAUGGUGAAGGAGGUAAUGGUAAUUUUGAAGACGAUGUCCAAGGUACCGGUAUGGGUGAAGGUAAAGGUAAAGAAGAUGUUAGUGAUAGAAUUAGAGAUAGAGAAGAAAUCGAAGGUCUCCAAGGUGAUGAAAAAGAAGAAAAAGAUGAAGACGAAGACGAAGAGAAAGAAGAAAAAGAUGAAGACCAAGGCUUUGAUAUGGAAGAUGAUUUCGAAGGUGAUAUGCACGAUAUUAAAAAAGACCCAGCCGAUGAAGAUAAGAAGAAAGAUGAAGAAGAAGAGGAACAUGAUAAAGAGUUGGGUGAAUUAGAAAAACCAGAAGAAAACGUCGUCGAUGAAAAACUUUGGGAUGAUGAAGAAGAUGUUAAAGAAGAGGAAGAAGGUGAAGAAGAUGGUCAAGGUGAUACCAAUACUGAUGAAGUAAUGGGAAAGAAUGACGACAAAGAAGAAAAGAAAGACGAUAAAAAAGAUAAUAAAGAUGACAAAAAGAAACCAGAUGAUAAAGGUAGAGAAGAUGAAAAUGAAGAAAUUGGUGAAGAAGAAGGAGAGGAAGAAGAGCAAAAGCAAGGAGAAGAAGAUGAAGAAUUUGGUGGUGAAGAAGAUGAAGAAGGUGAAGAAGAUCCAGUUAAUCAAGAACAAGAGAAAGAAGAAAACCAUAUGGAUGCAAGAGGCGAUGACCAAAUGGAAAUUCCAGAUGAGUUAGAGUUUGAAGAAAGUGGUGACGAAGAACAACAAGCUGGCGAAGAAGAGCCACCGUUCCCUGAAGAAUCAAAACAAGAAGAAGAAGGUGGUCAAGAUAGUGACGGUGGUGAAAGUGUUGAUAAAGAGGGUGAGAGCGAAGAUGAAAACGAAGAGGAAGACGAAAAUAAAGAAGAUAAAGAAGAAGAAGAUAAAGAAAAUAACAUUGAUCAAUCAAAUGCAGAUUCUAUUACUCCAGAAGAAGAUGGAGAAAAUGCAGAAGAUGAAGAAGAUAAAGAUCAAAACUCAUUGACUGCAGAUCAACAACAAGAUGACAGAGAAAAGGAAUCUGAACAACCAUUAGGUGUUAAAGAUAAGAAAGGUUCAAAAUCAAAUGUUUCAAAUAAUGAUGAUGAAAUGCAAGAUCAAGCUAACCAAGAAGAUAAUGCUGACGAUGAUAGUGGCAUGACUCAACAAGCUCCAUCAGAAAAUGAUACAGGUGCAUUAAAGAAUCUCAAAGCCCAACCACCACCAAACUCACAACAACAACAACAACAAAAACCACCCAAGAAACAACAAGUCGAUCCAAAUCCAUAUAGAUCAAUGGGUGAUGCUAAUAAAGAAUGGAAAAAACGUCUCAAUUUACUCGAUAAGAACGAAGAGGAAGAAGAACCAACCACCGACGAAAAAGCACCAAAACAAGAUAAGAAUGCUCCAGAGAAUAAAAAUCAAGAUUACGAAUUUAUGAAAGAAGAUAAAGAAAACCAAGAUGGUGAAGAAGAAGAAGCUGAACAAGCUUUAGCUGCUGCUACCGAUUCACAAUUACAAGAUAUUAAACAAAAAGCUCAAGAUGAAAACGCUGAACAAGAAGAAGAGCUUGAUGAUGAUCAAAUGGAUAUAGACGAUGACCAAGACCACAAACAACAAAUUGAACACCAAGAUGACUCUAAAGAAGAAAUGGAUCAAAAUAAAAAGAUUUCAAUGUCAAAAUUAAAACAAGAUCAAUUAAAAGAAAAAGAAAAAGAAGAUAAAAAAGAAGAUAAACAAGACGAAGAAAAUAAAGAUGAAGAUGAUCCACUUGGCUUAAAUCAAAAAGAUAAAUUCACAAAAGAACAAUUAGAAAACAUUACAGGUAUUAAAGACUCAAAUCAAUCCGAAGAAGAAGAACAAGAAGAGGAUGAAGAAGAGGAAACUAUUGAAUCUGUUGAAGAAAAGAAAUUAACAAGAGAGGAUUUAGAAAAGAUGAGACAAGAUUUGGAGCAAUUCAAAAUGGAAAACAACGGUAAUCCAGAAAUUGGUUCAGAACUUUGGAAGAAAUAUGAACAAUUAACCUCAGAUUUAUCUCAAGAUUUAUGUGAACAACUCAGAUUAAUCCUUGAACCUACUUUAGCUACCAAACUUCAAGGUGACUAUAAGACUGGUAAGAGAAUCAACAUGAAGAAGGUCAUUCCAUAUAUUGCUUCACAAUUUAAGAAAGAUAAAAUUUGGCUCAGACGUACUAAACCAAACAAGAGACAAUAUCAAGUUUUAUUAGCAAUUGAUGAUACUGAAUCAAUGGCAAUUUAUCAUAGCGGUCAAUUUGCACUCGAAGCAAUGACAAUGAUUUCAAGAGCAAUGUCACGUCUUGAAGUUGGUCAACUCGGUAUCGUUAGAUUUGGUGAAGAUGUUCAAUUAGUUCAUUCAUUUGAUCAAGUAUUUUCAGAUCAAACUGGUCCAGAAAUUAUUACCCAAUUCAAAUUUGACCAAACCAAAACCAAUAUGACAACAUUCCUUUCAAAAACCCUUCAAAUCAUGGAAAUGAAUAAGCAAGGUGGUUCACUAGAACCAACUAUGCAAUUAGUAUUUAUUAUUUCAGAUGGUUGGAGUUUACGUGACCCAGAAACUACAAAGAAAAUACUUAGAGAAGCUAGUAUUAAAAACUUAUUUAUAGUUUUCAUUGUAAUUGAUAAUCCAGUUAAUAAUAAUAGUAUUUUAGAUUUUGAAUCUAUUUCAUUCAACAAUGGCAAGAUUCAACGUACAAACUACAUGUCCGAAUUCCCAUUCUCAUACUAUGUCAUUCUCAGAAGCCUCAAUAAUCUUCCAAGCAUUCUCUCAGAUACAUUAAGACAAUGGUUUGAAAUGGUUAAACACAUCGAAUAG